GACGGCGGCGGCGAACGACGGCGGCGGCGAACGACGGCGGCGGCGAACGACGGCGGCGGCGAACGACGGCGGCGGCGAACGACGGCGGCGCAGGUGUGCGGAGGGCGGCGGGCUCGGGCCUGAGGCAGGGGAGCAGAUACCAACCGAACUGGACAGGUGGGCCUGGACAUCGCCAAGGGGCUAGACGCGGGAGGGGGCGGCCGAACACUCGGCUUCCACGCCUCCCUGGACGCUGGGCUCUUGCUCAAUCCUUGGGCCUCAGCUGGAGCUGGACCCGCCUAGGACUGGGGCCCCACUCUGCCCGAGCCCCGGGUCCGAGCCCGGCGCCACCUGGAGCUCCCUUCUCGAACGAGACUUAGAAAGCUUCCUGGACAGGGCCUCGCUCCUGCCGGCUGGGCCUGGGGUGCCAGGCCUGGCUCCCUGUGUGUUUCAGUGUGUGUUGGAAAAUGGGCGACCUGGAGUCGGACUUCAACCUGAAAGUUGUCUUAGUCAGUUUCAAGCAGUGUCUCAACGAGAAGGAGGAGGUGCUGCUGGAUCACUACCUCGCUGGCUGGAGGGGGCUGGUCAGGUUCCUGAACAGCCUGGGUGCCAUCUUCUCCUUCAUCUCUAAGGAUGUCACCACAAAGCUACAGAUCAUGGAGCGUCUGUGCAGUGGCCCACAGCAGGAGCACUACAGCAGCCUGCAGUCCAUGAUGGCCUACGAGGUGGGCAACCGGCUGGUGGACCUCGAGCGUCGUUCCCAGCACCCCGACUCAGGCUGCCGGACGGUGCUCCGGCUGCACCGCGCCCUGCGCUGGCUACAGCUCUUCCUGGAAGGUCUGCGCACCAGCCCCGAGGACGCGCGUACUGCCGUGCUCUGCACUGACUCCUACAACGCCUCUCUGGCUGCCUACCACCCCUGGAUCAUCCGCCGGGCCGUCACCGUGGCCUUCUGUACGUUGCCCACACGCAAGGUCUUUCUGGAGGCCAUGAACGUGGGGUCCCCAGAGCAGGCCGUGGAAAUGCUGGGCGAGGCCCUGCCCUUCAUUGAGCGUGUCUACGAUGUCUCCCAGAAACUCUACACUGAGCAUUCCCUGCUGAACCUGCCCUGAGGGCCAGCGGGUGAGGUGGGGCAUGUUUCUCCUUUCCAGAGCUGGGCUGGGGCAGCCAGAACCCAUCAGGCCCACCAUGGAGAUUUGUGGGUGCCCCAGGAAUGGGAAAUACGCUUUCCCCUGCCAGCUGAGCUACGGGCCCAGCAUAGCCCACUCGGGCUGAGCUUCUGGGCUGCAGCAUGGGGGCUGUGACAGAGAAGGCAAGCCCUGGCCAUCGCUCCUCCUUGUUGUCUUGCUCUGCCCAAGGGCACCUUGGCUUCACCCUCAACCAGGUCAUACAUGUGCAACCAGGCCUUGCCCGGAUGGGUAAAGUGCCGAAGGUGGGGAGGGUAAGGGCAGUAUCCGUGUUCGUGCGAAACCCUGAAAAGCUGCCCCCUACCUGUGAGCCAAGUGUGUGAAAUGGGGCGAAGUCACAGGUCCCCACAGUGCAGAGACUUCAUCCUGCUUGCCAGCAAACUCACCCAGCAGGUGCUUCUCUGUCCCUGGCCCAUCUCGGUGUCAGGCCCUGGGUGCAGUGCCUAGGUCCAGGUGCCCGGGCCCCUCCACACGGGGUUGGCUGUCCCCAGGACAGGGAUGGAACCCCUGGGCAGCAGUGGACAGGCUCUCUCCCUGUCCCUCACCUCCUUGUUAGCCAGGGUCCCACAUGUCCUCAGCAGCAACAUGCAGGAGCCAAAGCCCUGAGCGGAGGCCUGCCCUGCCUCUAGUUCCGCGCACUUAUCAGCUGCCCCCUACAGCCACCCUGUCAUUCAGGUGCUCCCCCAGGCAGCUGCCUGUGAGUCUGCACAGCACAACUCCAAAGCUCUAGAGAGCCCAUGACUCUGCUGGUCCAGUUCUGGCCUCUCCCUCCCCAUCAUCCAACAAGAUGCUGCAUUCCAUCCUCCCCAUCCCUACAGAGCUCAGGAGACCCGGGAUGAUACGGCACACGGAGAGGGCCUGGACCCUUUUGCCCAGCUGACAGGCCAGCCGUCACCAGACACUUGGGGGCCUAGCGUCUCCUACUGGCUCUUCACUGUGAGCUCAGGGCCCUCAAUGCCGAGGGGACCGUAUCCACCAUACGGAGAUGUGCGUUAAGUGUGAACUUGCAGAGACCCUGGGAAAAUGUAAUACGGGUGAUGGAUUUUCAAACGUCAAUAAAUUCCCCUUCUAGA